AUUAAGGAGCAGUGACAGUCCGCAGAGAGCUGCUCAGCGCCUUGUUUCAUUCAAUUGGAAUUAAUUUUAUAGACGAAAAAUGCCCGAAUUAGCGGUGGAAAAGGUUGUCGUCCAUCCACUGGUGUUGUUGAGCGUGGUGGAUCAUUUCAACAGGAUAGGAAAAGUCGGAAACCAGAAGCGCGUUGUGGGCGUACUGCUUGGUUCCUGGCAAAAGAAGGUUCUUGAUGUGUCCAACAGUUUUGCGGUGCCAUUUGAUGAGGAUGACAAGGACGAAUCUGUGUGGUUCCUGGAUCAUGACUACUUGGAGAAUAUGUAUGGCAUGUUUAAGAAAGUCAAUGCCAGAGAAAGGAUAGUUGGCUGGUAUCAUACCGGGCCCAAACUGCACAAGAAUGACAUUGCCAUCAAUGAACUCAUGAAGCAGUACUGCUCCAAUUCAGUUCUUGUUAUUAUUGAUGUGAAGCCAAAGGACCUUGGUUUGCCCACUGAAGCCUACAUUUCUGUAGAGGAAGUGCAUGAUGAUGGCACUCCCACAUCCAAGACGUUUGAACAUGUGACCAGUGAGAUUGGAGCUGAAGAGGCAGAGGAAGUUGGCGUGGAGCAUUUACUCAGAGACAUCAAGGACACGACGGUGGGCACCCUGUCGCAGCGCAUCACCAACCAGGUGCACGGGCUGAAGGGACUCAACUCCAAGCUGCUGGACAUCAAGAGCUACCUGGAGAAGGUGGCCACGGGCAAGCUACCCAUCAACCACCAGAUCAUCUACCAGCUGCAGGACGUCUUCAACCUGCUGCCCGACGUCAACCUGCAGGAGUUCAUCAAGGCCUUCUACCUCAAGACCAACGACCAGAUGCUGGUGGUCUACCUGGCCUCUCUCAUCCGCUCCGUGGUGGCCCUCCACAAUCUCAUCAACAACAAGAUUGCGAACCGCGACGCAGAGAAGAAGGAGGGCCAGGAGAAGGACGACGGCAAGAAGGAGAAAAAAGACGACAAGGACAAAGACAAGGACAAGGACAAGGACAAAGAGAAGGAGAAGGGUGACACUGCGGCCAAGAAAGAAGACAAAAAAGAUAAAAAAUGAACUCAUACUGUUGGCAAGGACUGACGUGACCUUAUCAACAUGGGAGUGGAUUCGUUUUGUUUCCUUUUGUAACAGUCCGCCAGCUUUUAUUGUGUACAGAGUUGGUCCGGUACUGUAUUUAUCAUUUUUGAUAAAGGGGGCACCUUGUUUUCUGUAUUCAUUCAAAAAGAGGGAAGGGAAUAAAAUCUUUCUUUUGUGA